CUCCUCUCUGGAAGACCUCACAAAAACGCAAACGUUCUUCUGCCUCUUCCAUUCUCAUCCUCUCUCUCUCUCUCUCUCUCUCUCUCUCGAAUUUUAUUUGCUUUCGCUUUUGGUUUCAUUGCAAGUUUUAGGGAUUUCUCGUGCUUCGUUCUCAGCCGCUAGCUCAAUUAAUCGGAUUUGACUGGAGAAAGAGUACAAAGGAAAAAGUGUUUCUCGGUGUUAACUGGUUCACCGAUUUUUUGCAUUUUGUAUUUAUUGCGAAUGAUUUAAUGGAGUCAAAAGGUGGUAAGAAGAAGUCUAGUAGUAGUAGUAGUAAAUCCCUUUUCUACGAAGCUCCCCUCGGAUACAGCAUUGAAGACGUCCGACCACACGGUGGAAUCAAGAAGUUCAGAUCUGCUGCUUACUCCAACUGCGUUCGAAAGCCAUCCUGAGUUUUGCUGAGUUUCGUUUUCCCUGCGCCCCCGGAUCCUUAGUUUCAUAAUAAUUUUUAGUUUGUCUUUUUUCUUCACUACUCUCUACUAUCCUCGUUCUCUCGUUCAAUCUCUCGACAUCAUUAGCUUCCUUUUAAGAAAAGAUGACGUGUCCAACCUCUGCUAUUGGAUUUGAAGGCUACGAAAAGAGGCUUGAAGUAUCAUUCUUCGAGCCAAGCGUUUUUGUUGACCCUAGGGGCUUGGGUCUCCGUGCUCUGUCAAAGGCACAAUUGGAUGAAAUUCUUACAUUAGCUGAGUGCACAAUUGUCGACUCUUUGUCAAAUGACUAUCUUGAUUCGUAUGUCCUUUCAGAGUCGAGCCUCUUUGUGUACCCAUACAAGUUUGUCAUCAAAACUUGCGGCACUACUAAGCUGCUUCUCUCAAUCCCGGCUCUGCUGAAGUUAGCUGAUUCUCUGUCUCUUACUGUGAAGUCUGUGAGGUACACUCGCGGCAGCUUUAUCUUUCCUGGUGCCCAGUCUUUUCCCCAUCGCAGCUUCUCUGAGGAAGUUGCUGUCCUCGAUGGCUAUUUGGUCAAGCUUGGCCUCCACGGUUCUGCUUACGUGAUGGGAAGUCCUGAUGAAACGAGGAAAUGGCACGUUUACUCUGCCUGUGCCAACAUGGGGAAUCAAAGCAAUAACCCCGUUUAUACCCUGGAAAUGUGCAUGACUGGUUUAGACAAGGAGAAGGCGUCUGUCUUCUUCAGAACAGAUGCAAGUUCUGCUGCUGCAAUGACUGAAAACUCCGGUAUUAGGAAAAUUCUCCCGAAAUCUGAAAUAUGCGACUUUGAGUUCGACCCUUGUGGUUAUUCCAUGAAUGCCAUUGAAGGAGAUGCUGAGUCUACAAUCCAUGUUACUCCAGAAGAUGGGUUUAGUUAUGCAAGCUUUGAAGCAGCUGGUUAUGACUUCGAUGACAUGAAUCUGUCUAAGUUGAUUGUGAGGGUGCUGGCAUGCUUCCAGCCUUCUGAUUUUUCUGUUGCCCUCCAUUCAGACGUCGUUGGUGAGAAUCUUGAAGACUUGCUCUGCCUGGAAUUGAAGGGGUACGAGGGUGGUGAGAAAAGUUGUGAAAUGCUGGGGGAAAAUGGAACCGUCAUCUACCAGAGCUUUAUGAAGACUGGAGGAGAUUAUGCCUCAUCUCCGAGGUCGACCCUUUUGAAAUGUUGGAGUGAGGACGAGAAGGACGAGGAAGUUGGGAAGUAUUAGAACUUUCAUCAACUUUUACUCUAGCUCUUUUUUAUCUUACUAGUAAUGAAUAAACGAAGAAGUAUCUUGGGGGGGGGUCUUGUUUAAGCUGCCUUGUUUAUGCAGCAUAUUAAAAGAGUCGUGUUCUUUCAUUAGUGUCUUGUUUUUCUUUUUCUUCAUUGUUGGGUUUGUAUUUCAUUCUGCAAAUAAUUCCCUGGUGGGAAAGCUUGUGUCCUGGAACUCUGCCGUCUGUUGGUGUGCUUUUGCAUCAUAUUAUGUUAUGAUGAAACUUAUCAAUCAUAUUUUCUUAUUUUAAUCA